GGGAGAGAGACAGAGACCGAGAGAGACGGAGGAGAGAGAGGAGGAAGAAGCCGAAGAAGGCGCGUCGGGGCGGGUACCCAGGUGUCCAAAGCGCCCAGGCGCGAGCUCCGCCGCCAACAGCCAUGUAUCGUUCCACCAAGGGCGCUUCUAAGGCGCGGCGCGACCAGAUCAACGCGGAGAUCCGGAGCCUCAAGGAGCUGCUGCCGCUGGCCGAAGCGGACAAGGUGCGGCUAUCUUACCUGCACAUCAUGUCGCUAGCCUGCAUCUACACCCGCAAGGGAGUCUUCUUUGCCGGAGGCGCCCCUCUGGCUGGCCCAGCUGGGCUGCUUUCGGCGCAGGAACUGGAAGACAUCGUGGCGGCGCUGCCCGGGUUCCUGCUCAUGUUUACAGCUGAGGGAAAGCUUCUCUAUCUGUCCGACAACGUGAGCGAGCACUUGGGCCAUUCCAUGGUGGAUCUGGUUGCCCAAGGUGACAGCAUCUAUGAUAUUAUUGAUCCUGCUGACCACCUCACUGUCCGUCAGCAGCUGACUCUGCCCUCCAUACCUGACACUGAUCGCCUUUUCCGAUGCCGAUUCAACACUUCCAAGUCCCUGAGGCGCCAGAGUGCAGGCAACAAACUUGUGCUCAUCCGUGGCCGCUUCCAUCCUCAUCCCCCUGGAGCCUACUGGGCAGGGAAUCCUGUCUUCACAGCCUUCUGUGCCCCACUUGAUCCCCGAGCCCGCUCUGGACCAGGGUGUGGCCCUGGUCUGGCCUCAAUCUUCUUGGCUGUGUUUCAGAGCCACCAUGCCAAGAACCUCGCGCUGCUGGAUGUCUCUGAGAGUGUCCUAGUCUACCUGGGCUUUGAGCGCAGCGAGCUGGUCUGUAAAUCAUGGUAUGGACUUCUGCACCCUGAGGACCUGGCCCAUGCUUCGGCCCAGCACUACCGCCUGCUGGCCGACAGUGGUGAUGCUCAGGCAGAAAUGGUAGUGAGACUGCAGGCCAAGACUGGAGGCUGGGUAUGGAUAUACUCCCUGAUGCAUCCCGAGGGUUCAGAUGGCCCCAUCACUGCCAACAACUACCCAAUCAGUGACUCGGAAGCCUGGUGUCUCCGCCAGCAGCUCAGCUCUGAAGAUGCCCAUCUGGCUUAUGUUCUGGGCACCUCAACUGCACCAGCCACCUUCUCAGAAAGCCUCCUCUCUCCAGCCCCGUGUGCAAGCCCUGACUCGACCUUCACCCCAGCCUUUGGGGGUCCCAGAAGCACAAACUUCCCCACUGGCCCAGAAUUGGCAUCCAUGUCCUCCGGAGAGCAGCUGCCGCAGCCCCCCAAGGAAAUGGAUUUCAAUUAUUUGGCAUUCCCUACAGGCCCAGAGUCUACCUUUCAAGGAGAUCUGUGCAAAGAUUUUGUGUGCACCCCACCAUACACACCUCACCAGCCAGGGGGGUGUGCCUUCCUCUUCAGCCUGCAAGAGCCCUUCCAGACCCACAUCUCCACCCCUUCCAGCUCCAUCCAAGAGCAGCUGACUCCCAGAACUGCCAUCUUCCCUGACCAGCUGACCCCCAGCAGUGCCACCUUUCCUGAGUUGACCAGCCCCAUUCAAGGCCAGUUGACUGAUGCCACAGCCCAGACCUAUGAAGACCAGCUGACUCCCUGUGCCACAACUUUUCAAGAGCAGUUGAUGCCCAACACUGCCACCUUCCAGGAGCAGUUGGCCAGCCCUGUCCAAGAACAACUGACCCCACCCAGCACAGCUUUCCAAACUCACCUGGCCAGCCCCAGCCAGACCUUCCCAGACCAACUGAGCCCUAACCCCACCAAAACUUACUUCCCCCAAGACGGCUGCAAUUUUCUCUAUGAGAAGUUGCCCCCCAGCCCUAACAGUCCUGGUAAUGGGGACUGCACUCUCCUGGCUCUGGCCCAGCUCCGGGGGCCACUCUCUGUGGAUGUACCCCUGGUGCCUGAUGGCUUGCUUACGCCAGAGGCCUCCCCAGUCAAACAGAGUUUCUUCCAUUACUCAGAAAAGGAGAGAAGUGAGAUAGAGCGACUUAUCCAGCAGAUCAGCCAACUGGCCCAGGGCAUGGACUGCCCUUUCCCAGCAGAGCCUGGAACAGAGGGACUUGAACCCCUGGGCCAAAGUCUCUCCUUCCCGGGGGCUGGUCCCCCUGUAUUCAGCCUGGACCUUAAAUCUUGGAAAAGUCAGGAGGUGGCAUUCUUAGAUGCCCCUGAGGACCAAUUCCUGGAAGAGAAGUCUGUGGAAGACAUCUUCAUGGGCCUCUCCACCCCAACACCCCAGGGGGAUUGGGGACCAGGGGGUCCUGAGACUUCAGGCCCAGGGGGGGCCCCGUCGCCCAGCACCGACCUGUCCCCAGAAGAUCACAGCUUCCUGGAGGACCUGGCCGCAUACGAAACCGACUUUGAGACAGGUGUCUCAGCAUUCCCCUGUGAUGGAUGUACCGAUGAGUUGUAUCAACUCCAGAGUCAUGUUCAAGACAGCUUCCAUGACGAUGGAAGUGGAGGGGAACCAGCGUUCUGAAUAAGUCUGUGACUUAACGUUGCUGAGUAUGGCAUAUUGUCAUCAAGGAGUGGAGGUGUUCUCCACCACCCGGGACACGUUAGUGGGAUCCUUGGGGCUCGGAGGGGACGGGUCUGAUCCCUCCCACCCUGAAGGAUGGGAAGGGGGGAGGAAGGGUGGUGGGAAGAAGGGCAAGGGGGAUUAUUUUUAGAAUCAAGAGACUUUGAGCAAUCCUAGUUUCCAUCUCAAUCUGUAUUCACUCGUAGUGAGUUUCCUUGAAUGGGAUUCCAUACAGAGAAUGGGGGAGUCACAGCUUCCCUUCCAUGCUGCCCAAGGGGCCUGGGGGGAAUUCUCCACUCCCAGGGGCCAUAGGGGCCCCUGGGCUUCUGUGGGGGAAAAGGCCGGACCCGGGCUAGCCAGUGCCCCGUGGGGCUCUUGACACUCACGUAGAAUUGUCUACACUCCAGUAACAGGAUUUCAAUUCCUAUGAACUUGGCCGCCUGCUGCGGCUUUUCCUGUGACUUUUGCGCCCUGCGCCUGGGGUGGGGGGCGUGAAGCGACUCUAUCGUUUCUUUCCGAUGAAGGAAGACAGAUCUGUCGUCACGCCGUGUGUGUGUGUGCGUGUGUGUGUAUACACAUGGGUGCACGUUUGCGUGCGUGUGCGUGUGUGUGUGUGUGUGUGUGUGUGUGUGUGUGUGUGUGUGUGUGUAUAUACAAGCAGUCAGGGAUACCCUGGCUGCUGUGUCGGCCCCUGGGCCUCCAUGCAGUGAAACUUGUGGUGCUGU